AUGAAUUCCUACUACGCACAAGAGAAUGUAUUGUUUACUGGCACUCCCAUGGAAGAGUAUUUAUUGGAAUUCAAUAUAGAUGAAGCCCAUGAAGCCAUCGAUCCCAUACUAGCCAACCACGAUAGUGUAGCAUUGAACCAUCAUUCCAAACUGCUUUCAUUACCAUCAUGGCCUAGGAUAUUAUGGAAUGGGUUUAAUGGACUAUACUUUGUUGCACUUCAUUCCUGGCGUACAAUAUCAAACUCUUUUGGAUUUAAUUAUCCUACUGUUUUGACAAGUGAUCACAUUGCAUUCCGCUCAUAUUAUGAAAGUAUCCUUAAAAGGCUGAUCGUCAGUCAAAUAUAUCUGGUGCAUGGACAGUAUUCAGAACUGGAAUAUACCACUGAUUCUAAACCCAUACACCUCUAUGGCUCUAGUCUCUGGCUUGGUCAUCUCGCUGCUGGAAUCACUACUCUUUCAUUGGGGUUGUUUACUGGUGCAAGAUAUACCAGUCUUUCCAAAACGGCUAUACAUAGCAUCAUGUCUAUAGGAGUAGCAUAUCUGUGUUUGAAAUCAUCUUUUAAUGUAAAGUACAUGGACAUACUGCGAAAAACCAUUCAUAGGCAGUUAUUAGACAUCACAGACAAUGUAAAGUUGUAUACACGAUCCAUGCAGAAUGCAUUUCGGUACAUUCAGGAUAUCGAGACAAUGGCACGAGGAUAUCGACUUGGUGCUAUUCACGGCUCUACUAUUUGUCGAGUUGAGCGUUCAUCCAACAUCAGACACUGUCUCAAACUAAGAAGAUCUAUAUUCGACAUUGUUCAAUACGAAUAUCAAGCCAUAUACAAUAUAAUAUCUCCAGAAAUUUGUUUAGAAUUUGAUCAAGAUUUGCAGAAAAGUAUUUGUAUUGAAGAGAGAUUCUCACUGGUUUCACUCAAGCAAUAUUUAGCUGGGCUUUACGAAUUACGGAUCAAGUUGCUUGAUGUAUGGUUAACUAGCGGUCUAUCUGCAUUGAACAAGGAUAGCUACGAGAUAUACAUUAAAGAAAUGUUGGAACUUUCACAAUCUAUGAACCAUUAUCUUUGUUUGAUCCAAAAAGCCAUUGGCGACCUAUCAUCUGCUGAGCAAACACGGAUAGAUACUGAAGACAUGGUUGAUGACUGGAGUGAUGCUAUAUCUACGUUAGAUUUGCUGAGCAAAGAACUGAAUCAACUGUCGCAUGAAUGUGCAGCGACUGCACAAGAAAUCACUGGUUCCAAUAUAGAUCAUUUAAAUAGCAAUACAGCCCAAUGCAUGCAUGACGAAAAUUUGAAUGAUGUUACAAAGCAAGAUAUCAGUCAAGAUGAACACGAGGAUGUCAUUCAGUUAAAUGACACUUUUGACUCUUUAUCUACCCAAAUGGUUGCCAUUGGGGAAAUGUUUGAUUCGGAGACAUUGAUGGAAUCAAAAGCAGAUGAAAUGGAUAUCAAACCAAUCAUGUCAAGAGAGGAGCGAAUUGUGCACCGAAAGCAGCAAUUAGCAAUCGAGGCAAAACAAAGGGCAAAGGCAGUUUCACAAUUUGAAGUGAUGGCAGAGCUCACCAAUGUACUAGCUGUUAGAAAAGAAGCCAAAGCAGUGCAUCCUCAAUAG